AUGGAGGUUGAGAUGGAGACAGCAGAUGCAGAAGUCCUCCGCGCGCGAGAGGUGGCGAACUCGGUCCUCGCCAGCUUGAAAUCGCAACUGACAGUCCUGAGGGAGUCGGCAGCAGAGACGCAACAGAGGCAGUGGCUCCGCCUCAGCAGGGAGCUUUUACAGACGGCGCAAAAGCCUUGGGCGGCCCAAGCAACGCAGUUGAAGUUGAGGCAUGAACAGUUGAGGCAGCAAAGAGAGGAAUUGGAAAAGAAGUUGAAGGAAGGAAAGAUUGGCUUGUCUUCAGCUGAAGAAGUGGUAGAUGGACGACCUCACCAGGCUUCAGGUGCGGCUCCGGCGAGUGCACCUAGCACGGCAACGUCGGCCACGUCACUUCGCCCUGCGGUGAAGGUACAGCUGCAAUGGUUGGAUGGGAGGGUUCGUGAUAGCACCAGCUAUGUGGACUACCCGGCCUGCAAUCAUGUUGCAGCUCAAAUAGAAUAG